AUGACUACCAGGUCCAAAUCUGGUCUGUGUCAGAAGAAGUCUUUCGAGGAUUAUCAGUGUUUUACUUAUAUGCAUGACUCUACUACUCUUGAUGAGCCUUCUACAUUUCGUGUGGCUUCUUUCUCUCAUGCCUGGAUUAAGGCUAUGGAGGAAGAGAUUUUUGCCUUAACAAUGCAGGGUGCAUGGUGUCUAGUCCCUCGCCCUGCUAAUACAAAUAUUGUUGGCUAG